GCUGGCGGCGGGGCCGGGCGCCCGCUCAGCCCGCCCCCUCCCUGCCGCCCCGCCCGCGCCACCGCGCCGGCCGCUGUCAGAGGCGCGUUGUAUGCUGAGCAGCUGUCGUCGCUGGCUGCUGCACGUCCUGGUCCCGAGCUUCCCGCCGCUAACCCGCGGACUGCGGUUCUUCCCUCUCCAACUCAUGAAGCCGUUGGUCGUGUUCGUUUUGGGCGGGCCCGGUGCGGGCAAGGGGACCCAGUGCGCGCGCAUUGUUGAGAAAUAUGGCUACACACACCUUUCUGCAGGAGAGCUUCUUCGUGAUGAAAGGAAGAAUCCAGAUUCACAGUAUGGCGAACUUAUUGAAAAGUACAUUAAAGAAGGAAAGAUUGUACCAGUUGAGAUAACCAUCAGUUUAUUAAAGAGGGAAAUGGACCAAACAAUGGCUGCCAAUGCUCAGAAGAAUAAAUUCUUGAUUGAUGGCUUUCCAAGAAAUCAAGACAACCUUCAGGGUUGGAACAAGACCAUGGAUGGGAAAGCAGAUGUAUCUUUUGUUCUGUUUUUUGACUGUAAUAAUGAGAUCUGUAUUGACCGAUGUCUUGAAAGGGGAAAAAGUAGUGGUAGGAGUGAUGACAACAGAGAGAGCUUGGAAAAGAGAAUUCAGACUUAUCUUGAAUCAACAAAACCAAUUAUUGACCUAUAUGAAGAAAUGGGCAAAGUCAAGAAAAUAGACGCUUCUAAGUCUGUUGAUGAAGUUUUUGGUGACGUUAUGAAGAUUUUUGACAAAGAAGGCUAACUAACCCUGGGACAUCUUUGAAAUCAUGCUUGAAUAUUGCUUUGAUAGCUGCUAUCACAGCCCCCUUUUAAGGCAGUUUUAAGAUUACAUCUCAAUUAAUGUCUAGAAAUAUAUAGUAAGACAAAUUAUGUGUUUUUUAAUUUGUGGUCACAGUGCACAGUGAAUUCAGGUUUAAAUCAUUUUAGGUAUUAUGGUGCUCACAAAAUGAAGAAGGGUAUCAGCUAAUUCUUGUCUGUGUUAAAAGACUAUCCCCUUAAUCCCUUUUAUGUCUGUGCCUUCUGGGAGACAGUUUCUUUUUAGUAUGCAUGUGUAUCCCUUUUGUAAUUGCAGUGUGUUGGGAUUUGGGAUUUCCACUUCCUCUUACUGCACAUUUAAAAUUUCCAACCUGCUAAGUGAAUUUGUGGACCAAAUUUAAAGGAACUUUAUGUGUAGCUGGUUCUUGCUCAAGGUGUUUAGUAAACAAACUCAGAAAAUGGAUUCCUAGCAAUGUUCUAUUUAUCAGAUGACUGACCAUUUCCUGUCGAAAGUUAAAACGUAGAGAUUGAUUUACUACAGCUUGUGCAAAGGCUUUGUUCCAAGGUUUGAGUCGGGACAGGAGCUUCAGAGCCUGGCAGGAUUGUCAGCUGUCUUCUGACAUCAUCUGUGGGGCAAGGGUCACAAGGAGUGACUUGUGUUCCUGUGCUCUGGGACACAGAGCUAGUCAUCAUUCAGCCGAUGUUAGCAUAGUUCCUAGAAGUAGACUCUUGACACGCAUUCACUAGUUUAUGCUAAUUUGUUCUUGUUUUAAUAAUAAUUUGUUCAAGGUUUUUUUUGUUUGUUUUGUUUCUUAGACUAAAUACAGAGUUGGAAUAAAUUAGAUAAAGCAAUCUAAUGGUUAAAAUCCCAUUUGUAUUUUAUUUUCUGGAAUAUGUUUUUCAUGGUUACUUGUUUUAAAAGAUUUUAAAAAAUCAUUGCACUUUGGUCAGAAAGAUAAUAAAUAUAUCUUAUAAAUGUUUGAUUCCCUUCCUGCUUGCUUUUUCAAUAAAGUUUGAAAGUCCAAGUGAUUUUCUUUCUCUAAAAAAUUAAAAAUUUGUUUUCUUUUUUUCUUUGGUCUUUAUUUCCUAUCCCUAAAACCGAGUGGUAACUAAGGUUCUUUAUUAAACAAUGUUUAUGAAUGUCUUGUCUGCAUGUAUGUUUGCAUACCAUGUGCAUGCCCAGUGCCCACAAAAGUCAGAAGGUGCCAGAGCUCCUGCUGCUAGAGUUACAGAAAAUUGUGAGUUGCCUUGUGGGUGCUUGGAACAACCCAGGUCCUGUGCAAGAGCUGCAAAUGCUUCUCACCCUUGAGUGAGCUGUCUGUUCAGCCUGUGUCUAAGGUUCUUAUAGAUUUCUUUAAAUGUUCCUCAUUUCAGCACUUACACUGUUUAGUACAUAGUGUUAAAGAGAACACAGACUUUAUAUAAUUAAAUUUUAUAUUUAAAUUUAUUGAGAGUAGUAACAAGUUAAUGGACUUUUAAAAAUAAUACAUUUCUGUGUGUCUUUCAAAACACUACUUGUCAUUAAAAAACAAAGUAUCCCUUCUACUGUAGUGUACUGAGCACACACUUAUAUUCAGUCUGUCUUGGUUCUUGGAAGAUUAUAGUGAAUUUUUGUCUGGUAUUUCAAUUCAGUGGAGCAGAGGUUUUGUUUGUGGUUAAUCAACACAGCUAUGAAAUGAAGUGAGGUUACAGACUUCCUGUUCAUGCAAAGUGAAGAAAUGCACCAGCUGGAAAUGUAGAUAUUCUUGCUGAUGACUGCAAGAACACCCUUCAGGUUUUUAGGGGACUAGGUGUCCUCAAAUACCUCUCUGGCAUUUGCAGACAAACAGCCCGCAGUAACUUCUAACUUACAAGUGACUUUGCCUUUUAAGAAGGAUAAUGUGUUAGCAGUAUUGAGUUUUGGAGUUGAUGAGAUGCUUCUGACUUUGCUAGUUUAGUCGUUCUGUUUAUCAAAGAUGCAGUAUUAAGAAGCUUUUGCAAUUCUUGAAGGACUUUACUCUUGAGCCUUGCUAUAUCUUGCUAUAUCCAUGUCUAGUCUUGGGUGUAUAUGAUUAUUGAGUAAAUAAUUCCAAUAAAGGCUGUGCCGAUCGA